UCGGAUCCAUGUGGCUAACACUAACAGGUGGCUGACGCGUGUGCGCGGGCGGGGGGGGACGUCCUGGAGCCAUUAUAUAUGCUCCAGCAUGCCCCCCCAGCUGUGGCUGUGAAACACAUCUGUCGACUACUAUUCCCGGUCCCAUCUUCGUUUAUCGUGCUCACCCAUCUCAGUCUCAAAUUGGCUAAGCAUCGGAAGGACGCCAGGAUGGCAUUCGAAGCCUACAUUCAGCGGGCCGACGAUUACAUUACAAAGCAAAUCCACAAGUUCGAGCAACAGAAGCGCGGCAACCGGUCUCCCCCUCGUGCCAACGGCUACCACCAAAUGUCACAUUACCAACAGCACGGCCGGGCGCCCUCACAGGGUGGCUACCCUGGCAGCCCGGCCUCGUUCGCUGGCCAACACCCACCACCACCUAGCCCCUCGCUGCCCGAGGGCUGGAUCCAAGACUACGACGCCCAGAGCCAGCGAUGGUAUUACGUCGAAAAGGCAACAGGAAGGAGCCAAUGGAAUCCCCCUUACGCACCACCACGCGCAUCAACCUUCCAGCCUGAUGGCCUCACACCCAACUCACACCAACAUUUCACCGGUGGACACGAGCAACACUGGCGAACCAGGUCAAAUUCCCAGCCUCCCCCUCCCGCGCCCAACGGGGACGGCCAGUUCUUAGAUCCCAGACAGAACGGCAACAACAACGGUGGCAGUAGCCCUGGGCUCCACACCCAGCUACCUCCAGGGGCCCAUCUAGAUCUUAAGACUGGAAAGGUGGUGACCAGCAUGUUCCCCGAGGGCCAGACACAGCAGAGCUGGGCCCAGGAGCUGCAAAGGUUAUGACGUUUGAAGAGGAAGGACAAGGACAAGGACAAAAGACUGCAACCGGUAAUGACAGUGCGGGUGUCGUGACAACAAUGAGAGAGAGAGACAGAAACACGACACACACUUAUUAGAAGAAACUUUAGAUUCAUCACAGUGGUUACUACCAUCAUCCUAUGUAUUUUUUCGGAGGAAAGCAAGUAAGCAAGCAAGUCAACGACCAACCAAGCCCCAUGUAUGUAUGUAUGUACACUUGAUCAGUGUUUUUUUUAAAGAGUAGCGUAUCACGUCCCCAGGAGUUUUCUUUCUUUCUUUUUUUCCCCCCCAUUUUUCCUCCUAAAGGGGAGAGCACCGCGUUUUUAGCACUGUUGAGCAUUCAGCGUUGAGCCUUUAUUUCAUUCUUCUUUUUUUUUUGCCUUUGUCUCUGCGCAUAGCCACAGUUCGUUCGUUUUUUUUUGGAAAUUUUGUCUUGUAU